AUUUUGAGUGUAAUACCAGGAGCUCUUGAGACCGGUUGAGUCAGUGUCUUUCUCCGGUGUGGACGGUUGCUGACUUCCCUGUGGGUUCGCUGUGAGACCGUGAAAAGGGGUUCGGAAAUCCUUGAAAGGCAAAAUGCUGAAGUUAUUUUUCUUUGCCGCGUUGCUCGGCAGUGCGCUGGCGGAAAGCAUCUCGAUGCAAGAUGAGAUCUACAUAGUCGCGGGCGUUCUUGGCGGCGUGUGCCUCUUGCUUACGGUCGCCUGCAUUUUCAACACCAUUACCAUCAUCGGCCUACAAUCGAAAGUGGCGUUACUACAAGCUGCUGGCACGGCCGCUGCAAAGGCAGUCACAGAAACUCACCCACCACGUAGUGAAGCACCCAGAAGAGAGACACCCCGUGACAACCCUUAUUACCCUGAGCCGAAGGGGAGGGACGACUUCAACCGCCGCCAAGAUGACCCUUAUCGUCGACCUCCUUCUCGCGAAAACUACAGGAUGGAAAGGAUGGACAGGAGAGAGGUAUACUUGACCGUGUAGAUUGGUUAAUGAUCC